AAAUUCCGAUAGGUUCUGGCGAUGGCGGACUCGAUUAUCACCUCCGAGAAACCCUCCACCUCGUCGCCUCUGGACCCUCCUUCCCGCAUCGUCUGCCACGUUUGCCAGAAGCAGUUUUCGCAGUACACGUGUCCUCGGUGCAACUCGCGCUACUGUUCUCUCCACUGCUACAAGUCUCAUAAUAUUCGGUGUACGGAGUCGUUUAUGAGAGAUAAUGUGGUUGGGGAGCUAGGGCAAUUGCGGUCGAAUGACGAAACGAAGCAGAAGAUGCUGGACAUACUGAAACGAUUUCAUUCUGAGGAACAAGUAGCUGAUUGCAUGGAUGAGGAUGUGGAUGCUGAUUCUGCACUGUCUGAAGAGACUAUUCAAAAGGUGCUGGCUGGAGGUGAAGUUAGUUUAGAUGAUCUUCCUGCAGAAGAGAAAAAACUAUUCCAAAGAGCUGUUGCAUCUGGGGAACUGAGCAAGAUGAUCAAGCCUUGGGAUCCAUGGUGGUUGAAGCCUUCUGCCAGGACAAUAUCCUUCAGCAAAGAAGGAACUCAACUAAUCCAACCACUUGCCAGAGAGGAUGAACCAAUGUCAUCAGAAGAUGAUCUAGAGAGCAGCCUAGCAAGCGAAAUUCCACCAGGUCCUGAGACACCACUGCCUCCCCUCAGCAAGCUUAGCUCCGCAAAGCCAUCACCAUUCUUAGCUGUUCAUCUGGUCGACAUUAUAUACAGCUACUGCUUUGCUCUUCGUCUCUACAAUGGUGAUUGGCAGUCAGAUGCCACAGGCUCAGCUAUGGUCGUGCUCUCUGUGUCAUCUGUAUUGGGUCAAGGAGGGCAACCGGAGACUGUCCUGGAAGCUCUAUCUUACUGCCUGGAGCAGACCUGCUCUUCAGCUUUCAGACAGAUGGGUGGCUUGCAGUUUGGACUAGGACUUGUAGACGAUGUUAUAAGCCUGCUAACACUAGGAACCCCUGCAUUGUUGUGCUUGCUCUGUGAUCUGCAGAGGAUGGUCCAGGCUGGGGAGACCGAGCUGAAAUCAGAGAAACCACGAAAAUCAAGAAGAGUUGAAAUUAGGAGCAAGCUGAAGCAAGCUGAGAGGAAAAUUUACUUCCUCAUGUGUUGGGUCCAUGAGCAACCUGGUGAAGCUUGGUCUUCCUUAGGAGCCAUCGUAAGAGCAGAGAAAAGCUCAGCUAUGAACUAUGAAGCGGUUUCACUGUCUCACAAACCAGACAACAAACCCGAACCCAGGAGCAAAGCUCUGAUUGAAGAGAUUAAAGAUAUCUAGGCAAUCUCUUGUUCUUAGUUAGCAGUGUAUUCGUUAACUAACAUUUGUAUUGACUUGUAAAGUGAUAUAAUUUUCUUCAAAGAAAGCCAACUUAAACUUG